AUGUCACAAUACAACAACAACACAAUCAAUCCCUCUUUCCUCGUUCCUCCCCUUCCUACCCGGAAACAGGUUCCUUCUCAGAAACCGCGCCUCGAUACUACUAAUUUGAUUCCCAACCUUAUCAACAGUGAUCGACCUCAUACAGCUGUUAGUCGACCCGCACCACCACCACUGCACUUACACAGACGUGCCAUCAGCUCGAUCUCCAGUCUUCCCGUGAUUCCAAGCGCUUCAAUCGAGCCUAGCUCCAUGUCAUACCAAUGGCCCCCACAAUCAGGAUACGAUUCCCAGAAUUAUAACAAUGCAGUCCAACAGUCAUCACAGACCUCCGAUGAGAAGGAGCCGCUCAAUCUCGCUUUAGGUCCAGGCCAGGGCGUGCUGGAUCUGAUGGGUAUGCACCAGUCGGGUCUGUCCAAUUCUGCACCUUCGACCGCUACCACAAGCAAUACGAGCAACAGCUCUGGAUACAGCAGUUAUCAUGAUGGCGCAUCGUAUUCCUAUCGUCCUUCCCUCAAUGUCGAUACCAGCAACUCAUCCUUUAUAACUCCACGGACCCCAGUGCAGUUCCCUCCUAAUUCAGCUUAUUCGUCUAAUCCACCUUCCGGGUUCCCCACCGAUAGCAUUUCCGAUGGUGAGAUCAUCACUCCCGGAUUGCCCAUCCAAUUCCCCAAUGGGUAUAACACCUUCCCUUCCAAUACCAACAUGACGGAUUUCUACCCUACAAACGACAAACCAGCGGUGUCAUUCCAAGAUUUCCAAUAUUUCCCUUCGCAGUCUACCUACCAAUCUGCUCAACAGAUAUACCAGCCUCAGUCUCAAGGGACUAUAUCGCCUUCUCAACUUGGAAAUACCCAAAACUUGAAACCAACAAAGAGUUUCAGUGAUCUUUUGAUGGGCAGCCGUGCAUCAUCUUCAUCUUCUAGCUCGGCCGAAGGCCAACACGAUUGGAGUGGGAAUGUACUAGACGAAUGGACAAGACCUCUCGGUAAAGCUUUGAAUCACGAUCCUCAGUCUUCUUCUGCCAUCGAUUAUUCGAACCUUGCUGGACCGUCGCGCAAUCCUCUCUCUUCCCUACCAUCAGUUCAGGUAUCUCCUGCUCCACCACCAGGUGCUCUCGACGAUGCUAUGCGCCAAUAUGUCCAUGCACCUAAUCGACUAGCUUUUGGCGAGAGGAAAUUGAUCGUCAUGAGUCCAAAAGUCGGCCAGAAAAGUUACGGUACCGAGAAGAGGUUCCUUUGUCCUCACCCACAGGCGACUCUGAUCGGCGGUUCAUGGUGGAACAAAGCUCAAGAUGGUUGUCCGGUGUCUCCAUUGGUAGCACCCAGAAUCAACAUCAGUCUCACGGGUGAACAGCCAGUAAAAGACGCUGCAGUCAGCUGGACAGCUGUCGAUGGGACUAACCUCGACGAGAAGAUCAACACUCAAGCACUGAAUACGGAGGAUCAACCCUUUGUUGGAAACGUCGCUGGGAAAAACCUACAUAUCUCGGAUAACGAUGGUAAAAGACGUGAAGUCAAGGCUUUGGUAACGAUCAAAGCUCCGUUGAAAGUUUUCGCCGGACCGAACGGUUGGGGAAUAUCCAAGAAUACACUGAAGGAUAUCAGUGAUGAGAGAACGUUAGGUAUAUUUGAGAGCAAGGAGAUUAAGGUGAUCAGUAAACCUUCGAAGAAGAAAUCAAGCGCGAAAGCUGGAGAAAUCGUACCCGACUUCACUCGUAUAACAGGAUCCGAUGGAUUACCAGUCACUGGCGCUCAACCACCUGUUUAUCCCAAUCAAAGAUCUACGUUCAGCGGCUUCACAGCGGAUGCCAAUAAUUGGGAAUCAUUUAUCAUUUGGCUCGUAGAUCCUAAUCGACCCGGUGGACCAAGUUUAGCGCCUCCCCCGCAUCCCGAUUGGCCUUCUCCACCAGCAAAUAUCAUUGCUCCCAGUAUGCUCGUUCCCCCGAUUCGAUACAAUUCGACUGUAGUUCUGCAAUCACUUCAGACGGGUGUGAUCUCUCCUGUUCUGAUAGUCCGAAGGAUCGAAUCGGAUGCCGAUGCUGUCGGGAUGGAUGGCCAUAACGCGGAUAUCCCCUCGGCUUUACCUCUAGGAGAAUACGCCGGUGAUUUAGUAUCUCAGCUUCAGAAAGUAGCUUUCGAACUUUAUCGAACUGAUACUAUGGAGAGAUUGGCCAACGACCCGAGAUAUGGGGGAUUCUGGCUAGCCUGUGUCCAAGAAGCUGUAUCGGAUCAAUUGAUCGCGCAAGAAAGGAAAUGGAGUAACGUGCAGAUAUCUCACCGUGGUGGUUCUCGACCAAACUCCGUACCCAACACACCUCAACAGAGAUUCGGUGUUUUGCCCAUGACGCCGCAUAAAGCAUCGAUGCACUUACCUUCCACACCUUCAAGUCCGGUCAGCUCAAACUCGUCGACGACAUUUGAUUAUUUCGGUACGCACAGCAGGAAAUCAUCUACGCAUUCUUUGAUGUCGCCUAACAUGCCUGAAGUUCCUUUACCGCCUUCUUCGACGGAUGGCGGACCAGUCCGAAAACACCGUACGGGUUCGAUGGGCAAAAACGUUAAUGGACCGUUUGUUAGACCUCUUCACAAGAAAAGAGGUUCGUCUUCUGGAUCACUCGAAUACCUCCCUAGUCCCGCCAUGACUUCCUCGCCGGAGAAUCAUAGGAUGCAGUGGACGAUGGACGUCGGUGAUAGUUGUAUAUGGAGUAUCGUCAGUACCGAGCAAACGACAUACACGUUCUACGUUCCACCCUACGCUCAAGAACCUGUUGAACCCUAUGCGCCAUUUCCAAUCGCCAAUCGGAUGUUACCUUCAAAUUUGAGUGCGGACAAUGGCCCCGCCAGGUACAAUCAGCAAUACACUUCGCAUACGGACACACCGUUGAUGACAUUGUACGGGAAGAAUUUUGUCAGAGCACCGGAUGGACAUGCGCAUCAUGUAGUGUACUUUGGGUCUACACCGGCACACUAUAAUGAAGUCAGAUGUCACGAAGUCAUGGCUGCUGCCGAACCGAAAUUACCUCCUGGCACUCGAGCACCUAUAUUUAUAGUACGAGAAGAUGGAGGCGUCAUCAUUCCUACCAAUCUGACUUAUCCUCCCACAUAA